GUCGCAACGCCCCGUCUCUCUGUCCCUCUGCUGAACGCUCCCUAUAUAUCCAUCUAUUCAGCUCUAUCGCUGUGUUUCUCUGGACACACACGUGCACGCGCCCGCACCCGUCAUACCAGCACAUUACCUCGGCCAAGGGCCGUUUGGAUCCAGAGCCAUGGACAUGCGCCAGGUCAUUGUACGCCCCCCAAAAAGGGAGGGUUAUCAGUUUGAGCUUAUGGGGUCGCAUCCCGUCGUGCUUCAUGUGGACCCCAGCGGGCACGCUCACAACUCGGGUCUAAGGUCCGGUGACGUGAUCAUCCAGAUCAAUGGUUCAGACAUGUCAGAGGCACCACACCAGGCCGUGGUCUCGUUCAUUCGCAACAACGGACAUGGCCCCAUGAUGUUUACCGUCAUGCAGCUGGUUCCCGAUGAAAUUCGCGAGUGGCGCCGUCGUGUUGCACGCGCCUAUGCCUAUGCCAAUGCCACCCGCCCUCGCUCUGCGCAGCGCACCACCCUCCAUCUCCAGCCAGCCAGCAGCACGGGACGAAUCAAUGGCGGGCGUCUUCUCACAGCGCAGAUCAUGGACGAGGUUGGCGAGCUCGAGUGGUCAGGUGAAUCCAAAGAGAUAACCGACACGGGGGCUGCGCCUACCAUGCCUCGCGCACCGGCGCUGCGUCCCAUCAAAUCAAAUCGCUUGGCUUCGGCCAUGAUGGUCCGUAUCAACGAGGAGGAAGCACAAGAGGAAGCACGACAGGCAGCACAAGAUGAAACACAGGAGGAAGCACGAGGCGGCAUUGAGGGCGUGCUAUGGAUGGGUCAAGGCAGUGCUGCAGAGCUCGAGGCGUGUUCUCACAUGGAACGCAUCGCACGCGCCGUCACUGAGUUGGAUGAAGCUCUUGCUGAGCCGACCACCCUGGCGCCCGAAACUGCGGCUCAGCGUCGCUCUGCAGCAGAGCAAAGCGUCGCCUCGGCCACCUGUGCCCGCCACUUAAAGCUGGGCGGCUGUCCAGCUGACCUAGUUGUUGUGGACGAGCGCUUCGAACUCAUCUUGGUCGUUGACAACCAAGACCCGGUCUUUGUGGCCAAGGGCCAGCUUCCGGCCAACGAGGCCAUGCCUGCAAUGGCAGUUUGGCUCUGGCUACUCUAUCGGCAUACGCACGAGGCGUGGGUUGUAACCUUGCGCGCCGAAUCUCCCGAGGCCGACCUGCUGGUUCUGCCCUCGACAAAUCCUGGACGACCCCCUGCUGGAGCUGUGGGCUGGCUCGCCUGGAGCGCCGAUCAUGAUGGAUUCGAGGUCCAGUCCGGAGUCCGUCUCAUGGUUGCCUAAGCACACCACGCCAUCUGCCCGCGUCGCCUCUGGAUUGUGCCUACCAUACGAAGACCAGUGCAGAACACAUUCUCUUUUUCACUUGCUAUAACCCCAGCAAACCAUCAAGUGCUGGCACUGCGUGCCCCUUUUAUUGUUUAUUGUUUGUUUGUCCCCCUAUUCAAGAAUUGCCAUGAACAUUGCCACC